CAACGUCUUCCUUGAUCUUGCACUUUCUCAGGAACCCAAAAUUUCCCCGGAAAGUUUUCAGCCUCAGACCAAAAACCACCCUGCAAACUUCCUCUUCAACCUCAGAAAUCUAGGCCCUGCCCCCUCCUAUCCACCCACAUUGUUCGCUCUCUCUCACAUUGCUACCUAACCCACUUUCUCAUCUCUCUCCCCUCUGGGUUUCUCUCUACCUUUGCUUCUUCCUAUUCUUUGUCCCCACCUCGUUUCUCCUCUUUGGUCCUCUUUUUUGCCUCACAUUAUGGUAGCGAGAGAGACCCCAUAGAUUCUGUUGGUUGGAAUCUUGGAUAGUUGGAAUUACAAGUUUUAAAUACUCUUUGGAAAAGAUGGGAGUAUCCUUUUCAUGCCCACUUGGUGAUAUCGAUGAUUUGGAUAGUCAUUUUCAAGCGGUUCUUGUAAAAUCAAUUAGUUUGAGUGAUGAAGAGAUGAGGAAAGCACUCCGGUCAGUCAGUUUCAAUGGCCGUGAUUCAGAACGCACUGUGAUGACAUCCUUUGGAUCUGGAAAGAUGAUGGAUGAAAGAUCUCAAAGCUUUAAUGGGAGGGAAUUGGAGACCAUGUUCUCCUUUAAGACUCCUAGGGCAGAUAUGGAAAAUCCGGUGUUUCUUAGAUCAGUGAGUUUUAAAAAUACAGUUGGCACCAACAUGCAGAGAUCAAAUAGGUCGUCCAAGAGAAACUUCCAUUCAGAAUCAUCAGAGCCUGACAGCAGAAUAUAUGAGGCUGCACUAAGAUUGCAAAAAGUCUACAAGAGUUUCCGUACCAGGAGGCAGCUAGCAGAUUGUGCUGUUGUUGCUGAGCAGAAAUGGUGGAAGCUGUUAGAUUUUGCUGAACUCAAGCGGAGCUCUAUAUCAUUCUUUAACAUUGAGAAACCAGAGACUGCUAUUUCACGUUGGUCUAGAGCAAGAACAAGAGCUGCAAAGGUGGGAAAAGGUUUAUCUAAGGAUGAAAAGGCUCGUAAGCUUGCUCUACAGCAUUGGCUUGAAGCAAUUGAUCCUCGGCAUCGCUAUGGCCACAAUCUUCAAUUUUACUAUGCCAAUUGGCUCCAUUGUGAGAGCAAGCAGCCCUUUUUCUAUUGGCUUGAUAUAGGAGAAGGGAAAGAAAGCAAUCUUGAGAGGUGUCCCAGGUCAAAGCUUCAGCAGCAAUGCGUUAAAUAUCUCGGUCCUAGAGAAAGACAGUCUUAUGAAGUGGUGAUAGAAAAUGGGAAGUUUGUUCACAAGAAAAGUGGGAAACUUCUUGAUACAAGGGAAGGACCCAAAGGUACCAAGUGGAUCUUUGUCCUUAGCACAUCCAAAACCCUAUAUGUUGGUCAGAAGAAAAAGGGCACAUUUCAGCACUCAAGUUUUCUUGCUGGUGGAGCAACAUUAUCUGCUGGACGACUGGUUGUGGAAGAUGGUAUUCUGCAGGUAUGAAAUGAAGAAUUUCAUUGUUCACGAAAGCUGAAUGAAUAGAUUUUUCUUUU